AUGUGCUUUACCGGGGAGGCUGACUGCAGUAGGGCUAGAAUUGUCAUUGAUAAUUGGACAAACCUCCUCGGACUAUCGAGAUCUGACAGGCCUUUUGCAUUCUGCCAGAAUUGCACUUCUUAGUCUACGAUGCAUGAUAUAUAAAGCUAUGGCGAACCGCUCUAAAAUUCUUCCAUUCGAGCGACGUGAGUUCCUUUGCUCCCGGAGGUUCCACAAUUUGUGCGGCGAUUCGAAAUUGUUACCCUCGUUUUCGAGUGUCUAAGUCAAAAUGAUUUCAUCUUUUCUCAGUGUAUUUUUGGUUGCCGCUCUGUCCUCUUGUGGGGUUACAGGAAAUCCAGAAGUCUACGAUUACAUCAUCGUAGGUGGAGGAACGGCCGGCCUCGCACUCUCAACCCGGCUCAGUCAAGGUCUUCCCAAAUUGAAAAUUGUCGUCAUCGAAGCAGGUCCAGCAGCGCAAGACGAACUUAACAUCAACAUCCCCGGCAAAAAAGGCUCAACACUCGGCACAAAAUAUGACUGGAACUUCACCACCACUCCCCAAGAAGGAUUGAAAAGGAGGGUGCUUCCCCAAAAUCGUGGAAAGGUGCUUGGAGGUUCAUCCGCCUUGAAUCUUAUGACCUACGAUCGCUCCUCUGAAAAUGAGUACAACAGCUGGGAAGAAGUCGGCAAUCCAGGAUGGAGCUGGAAGAAUUUCCUGAAAAUGAUGAAUCGCUCUCAGAAUUUCACGAGUGCAAAUACGGAGUGGUAUGGCGAUGCUGGGGUCAGCACUAAAGGCCCCAUUCACGGCACUAUCAAUAGAUUCAUCCCAGCUCAGCAAGCAGGAUGGGUGCCAGCUUUGAAUGCUUUGGGAGUUGAGACGAACAAGGAGUAUCUUGGUGGAAAUCUUCUUGGUGUUUCCUAUUCGCCUGGAAGUCUUGAUCCUACGCACUACAAUCGCUCGUACAGUGCAAAUGAAUAUCUUCCUCUCGCUGGUCCUAAACAUACCGUUCUGACAAAUACGAGGGUGGCAAAGAUUAAUCUCAAGAAAGUCAGGCAGAGCUACACUGCGACUGGAGUCACUUUGACGGAUGGAACUGUGAUUAGUGCAAGCCGUGAGGUCAUUCUUUCUGCAGGAUCGUUCCAAAGUCCUGGUCUUCUCGAAGUGUCUGGCAUCGGCAAGAAAUCUGUCCUUGACGCAGCUGGCAUUACUCAGCUCAUCGAUCUCCCUUCUGUCGGAGAGAAUCUGCAAGACCACAUCCGUAUCCAGACUUCGUAUCAACUGAAAGACAAUUUCGUUUCGUUUGACAUCCUCAGAUACAACGCCACCUACGCAGCCGAACAGCUUCAGCUCUGGGUUGACGGGAAAUACUCACUCUACGACUACACCGGUAGCGCCUACACUUUCCAGACCUGGACCCAAGCAGGAGAAGACAACUCUAAGUUCAUCGAACUAGCCCAGGCCGCAGUCGGGAACGCAUCUCAUCCUGCCGACAAGAAAAUGUUAGAAUGGCUUUCAGACCAAACAGUACCCCAGCUUGAAGUCAUCGGCAGUGACGGCUACACAGGUCUCAAAGGCUACCCAGCACCGGGUACUCCACUGUAUGGAAAAGGCUUCUGGACCAAUAUCGCUGUUGUCAUGCACCCGCUCAGCCGGGGCAACGUGCACAUCAACGCCAGCGAUCCUCUAGGAAAACCCAUCAUCGACCCCAACUACCUCAGCAAUGAACACGACGUGCAAGCCGCCAUCGCAGCAGUCAAGAAAUGUCGACAGAUUAUGCAGACGCCUCCAAUGCGCGACGUCUGGGUAUCGGAAUAUGAGCCCGGUCUUGAUAGAGUCAACACGGAUGCGGAGUGGAGGGAUUUUGUGCUGAAUACUACUUUGACUAUUUAUCAUCCUGUCGGGACGUGCUCGAUGCUGCCGAAGAAGGAUGGGGGUGUUGUUGAUUCGAAGUUGAAGCUUUAUGGAACGACAAAUUUGAGGGUGGUGGACGCAAGUAUCAUGCCAGUGCUGAUUUCGGCGCAUUUACAGACUGCUGUUUAUGGUAUUGCGGAGAUGGCUGCUGAGAUGAUCAUUAAAGCUUCCAAAUAGUUUGUUAACGUUAACUGACAUAACCUAGAAUCUCGAUAUCAAACAUGUCCAUGGUAAUGCCCAUAUGCCAAAAUUAUGAAUGGUCUCUCCUGUUGUCUCCAUGUUUCGCUUCAGCGGUUUUCAGUUAGGUGCGGGGUAAUGCGGGGUACAUUUUAGGGAUCUGGCAGACCUACAGCUGAGAUCACUUCACAGUCUCACAGUCUCACAGUAAACACAAGUUGAGUAAAGUCAAGACUUGCUCAAAGGCUGCAAAUAUAUCAAAAGAGUUCAGAAGAAUUCUUGUGUUCUCUAAAACUUGCUUGAUUAUUUUUACUCGAAAGCUGCCCUUCUUUCGUAUCCACUUACCUCAAAAGUUUACCAAUCCCAACUCUCCCGCAAUUACAUCCGCCCCUUUCUCACCAAUGACCAGUGCAGUAUUAUUGGUAUUAGCACCUACAUUCUCCGGCACAAUACUCAAGUCUAUCACCUUCAACCCUUUUACCCCGUAAACACCCAGACUCCCAUCCACGACUCCCAUCUCCUCUCUUGGCGCCAUCUUUGCUGUGCCAAGUGAGUGCCAAACGCUGUUGAUGCUCUCGCGGAGGAACUGUUCGAUGGCUUUGUCAUCGUCGGGUGAGUAGGCGAUGUCUUCAGUGAUGUUGGCUUCUUCGGCGAUGUCGAGAUCUACGAGAGCUGCAUUGGAACCGGCAGGGAACUUGGGGUGCGCGGUGGCGAGCUCGCCGCGGUACAUUUUGGUUCGGCGCAUGAUCUCACGUUGCUUCUUGUACUGCCAUACGUGUGCUUUCAGGUCAAAUUCUUGUUCGUCAGAGAGGUACCCAGUGUUGAAUGUUGGUGGGUCGGAGAUAUUUGGGCCUGUGAUGUGGAUGCUGCCCCGAGAAUACGGAUAUGCGCUGUAGCUUGCGACACAUAUCAACUCUCCAGCGAGUCUUUCUUCCUCAGGAGCAAAGAAUCUGCGUUUAAUCAGUAACGGUUCAUCUAAAGCUUAGCCGCAGAUGGGCGGAUCUUUGCCGCGACAUCAACCAUGUUCCAUCGCACAUUCGGAUUACCUUGUUCAAUCGCAUCAUCUAGUGUCUGAGUGCCGCAAAGGAGAGCAUUGUUCGUUUGGUGCAGUUCGAGAGAAGUCUUGUAUCCAGGGAAAACUCCGGUGUGGUCUUGAUAGUUAUUACCAACUCCAGGAAUACCAGCAAUAAUUGGAACUGAUGCUUGUUCAAGGAUCUUCGGACAGCCGACUCCUGAUCGUUCUAGAAUCAGAGGACUACCGCAUGCUCCGGCUGAGAGUACAACGAGCUUUCUAGCCUUGACGAUCCUCGGCGUGACUUUGACCUCAUCGUGAGAUGCUGGGCUGGAAAUGAACUCGAGCCCAUUUGCUUUCUUGUCUGGAUCAAAUAGAACCCGGAUAGCUGUAGACUCCACAAGCACAUGAAGGUUCCGGUGUUGCCCGUCGUUGAGAAGUGGAUGCAAAUACGUGUGGGCCGAAUCUUGCCGUUUGCCUUCCGGUGAGACAUAUCGCAACCAGCGGCCUACUCCAUUGCAUGAUUCGAAGUCUUGCAGGUCCAUGAUCUCAGGAUAUCCUAUUUUCGCUGCAGCAAUUAUGAAGUCUUCCUCCGAUAUCUUCUCCCGAUAUCCUCCAUCUGAGACAUGAACGGGACCCUCGAAACCAUGCAGUUUUGGAUUACCUGCGCCGUGAUAAGUUUCAAGCUGUACAAGUUAGCAUACCAUCUCAUCAUAAAGAGGAGUGAUUCGUGGACUUUUAUCAGAUACGGUAUCAUCUCCUUCGAAUUCCAUCCAGGCGUCUUCCAAGAAUCAAAAUCACAUCCUUGGGCCCUCGUAUACCUGCAAACGUCAAAAUUGGUACCCGCACUCUGAGUCUGAUGCCUACAUCAUGUAAUUGAUAGAUGAACCUCCGCCCAAAAUACCACCACUCUGAACUACGGGCGCUCUGCCAGCCAGAUGCUCGGACUUCUCCCCUUGCCAGAACCUUGCCGUUGUGCUGCCGGGGAAGAUGUUGUGGAGUGCAACCCCUGGAUUCACAAUUCUGGGAUCAUGGAAGUUGUUUGGGCCUCCUUCGAUAACGAGUAUCUCCAAAUUUGGAUCUGCUGUACUACCUUAGUGAUCCAAGGUUCGUAACAUGAGUUCGUACCUCCAGCGAUGAUGAUGUCGAAGUCUAUGAGACCUUCAGGAAGCUCGUUAUAGAGAGGCAUUGUGGCUCGGUGAUGCAAAACCUUGAAUACUCAGUUGUGA